UCGAGUCUCAACACCAUUGUCUUCAACGCCUCCCUCUCAGUGUGUUGUGGCUCUUGGUGACACUAUCUACGCCUUUUAUGAUGGGUCUCAGAGCCAGAAUUUUCGAGGCGGCCUUCUUAAGCGUCGUUAGUGUGACCGCUGUGCUCAGCAGAGUGACUGAGGGUCCGCCCAACCAGGCUUCCAGGCUCGAUGCUCUUCCCUUACGGCUUAGCAUCAACAAUUAUCUCUGGGAAAGUGUAUUGGAGUUUUACCUUCCUCUUCCGGAGAGGAUUGACAACGAGGAUUGUAAGAAAGAUGUGAGGGAAGUUCUCACUCGUCUGAAUGUGGCGAACACCACCGAAUGGGCCAACAAGUUGGUGGACUCGUGGGGUAAGAUGCCAGACGGCUUCCUCUUUGGUAACGUUCACAUGGUGGGUGUGUAUGAAGAGUGCGUCAGCCUCAGCGUUCACUACACCCUACAAAACUACCACUACCACCAGCAACAGCACUACCGCUACCAGCAACAACACUACCACCACCGGCAGAGCCACUAUCAGAAGGAUGAGGAGCAGAGGUCUUUCGAUGGGAAGUACUGCCUGGUAGCGUACCUGUAAGUAUUACCUGUAAAUAUUUCCUAGCAGUGUACCUGUGAGUAUAAA